AUGAGAGACCUCUACACCUUGUCCUGCAGCUUCUCAGCUGGGACUGUUCUCCAGAGACAUGACCUGUCCAGUCUGCUGACCCUCGGCUACCAGGACCAUUUCAUCUUGGCCCCCAGAGUCUGUGACAUGGCUGCUGGAAACCAGUCCUGGGGGCCCCUGUCCACUCACAGAGAUGGGGGGAACUGGAUCUUGGAGAUGAGGAAACCUGUUCCUGCCGCUGUCCAGGAUCCAUCCUGCUCCAAACCCCAGGUCACCAAGGAGAAGAAGGACCCAAGACCUGCUGAAGGCGAGAAGACUACUAAGAAGGUCAAGAAAAAGAACUACCAGCGUUACGCCAAGCCGCCCUACUCCUACCUGGCCAUGAUCGCCCUGGUCAUCCAGAACUCGCCUGACAAGAUGCUGAAACUCUCCCAGAUUCUGAAAAGUAUUGAAAUUCUGUUCCCGUUCUUUAAAGGAGAUUAUAUCGGAUGGAAGGACUCUGUGCGCCACAACCUGUCCUCCAACGACUGCUUCAGGAAGGUGCUGAAGGACCCCGGAAAGCCUCAGGCCAAAGGAAAUUUCUGGACGGUGGACGUGAGCCGGAUCCCUCUGGAAGCCAUGAAGCUGCAGAACACGGUCAUGGCUCGGCAUGGAACAGAGAACUUUGUCCAGGACUUGUCUCCAUACAUUCUGCAUAAUUACAAGUAUGGUGGCAGUGGGCACCUCUACCAACAGAUGCCUAGCAGUAACUACUCCAGUGCCAGCUCUGUGAGCGAAGACUCUCAUCUCCAUACAGCAGGCAAACUCAACAGCUCUUUCAUGAUUGAAUCUUUGCUUCAUGAUCUCCAAGAGGUUGAUCUUCCAGAUGCUUCAAAGACUGUGGAGAAUCAAAAACAAGACCACUCCCUGACCAACAAUGUGUGGGCUCCCAGCCCCCGUCUGUAUGACUCCUCGUACUCCCUCAAGAGCUCCAGAAGCCCCAGCCUUCCCACCAAUCACUCCAUCUACUCAUCGUCCAGCACCAGUCUUUCCACCAUGUCUCCUCUCAGCUGUGACGAGAAUCCUGAACAUUCUAGGGAGGUACCAAGGACUCCUCCACAAAGAGUCAUAAAAUGUAAAAGAGAAGAUGAGAGUAGUGGUAGUUCAGAUUCAAGUACUGACAGGUCUUCUCCAUGUGGACCCCCAACUAAAGCCUCAUUUAUUCCCUCAGAUUUGCCAACAUCUUACACCAAGUGUGUACAGCCGAACGUGGUGGCCCCCCCCAAUGCUCUCCCCUUCUUCCCUUUUCCCCAGUAUACCUACUUUAACUAUGGGCCCUCCCCGUACAUGACUCCUCCGUAUUGGGGAGUCCUGCCACAAACAGCCAACCCUAGGCCUGAGCAGCCGUGCUCAACCCCCACACUGGAUCUUGACAGCAUGUUGAGGGUUGUACCACCCAACAAAAGUGUAUUUGAUGUUCUGACGAGUCACCCGGGAGAUCUGGUUCACCCGGCCUUCCUGAGUCAAUGCUUGUCAAACCCCAGCAGUCCGUGCCCAGGGCAAGGUCUCCUGUAA